AUGAAACUAGCAUUUUUGUUGCUGACGGUCGGUCACAUAGCUGGCAGUUCAGUCGACUAUUGCCACCGACUCGGUUGCGCGGCGGGAUGCAGCUGUCUUCUAGAGAAAGAGAACGACGCUGGAAAAAUCAACUUCGACCAGUGCCAGUGUACGGAUCAAACUUGUGAAGAAAGCUGCGACUCGCCGCUAGAAUGCGUUGGAACGUUUGAUAAAAGCGAAACAGUCAGACAAAUCUGCCAUUGUCCGGCUGGAACGAAACCGGUUUCACGAUUCAGUGCGUGGAGUUUUCAAUUCAAAACUCACUGCGAAGAAAUCAACGAAUGCGAGGAAGAGCUGGACGACUGCGGUCUUGACGAAGAAUGCAUCGAUCUUCCCUCUUCGGAAGGACUUUUCCGGUGCGCUCCAGAGUCGAGCCUUCUGGGAGAAAGAAACAACCGGCCGAACUGGAUGAGAAGCGGUGGAGGCAAGCGUGACUGCGAAGCUCUUGAUUGCGGCUCACACGGUCUCGAGUGUGCCUGUGACGUCAUGAAGGAUAAGUUCGACGUCGGGCGGAUUGAUUACACCAGCUGCCAGUGCUCAGAUUUCGGAUGCGAGUCCAAUCCGAAGAAGUGCACUGAUCCUCUUGUCUGUCAGACAAUUUACGCGAAUGGUCGGAUCAGAAAUCGCUGCGACUGUCCGCGUGGGUACAAAAGAGACAGUGCUUUCGAUUGGAAGACGUUUAAGAUGGUCUCGACUUGCAAAGCCUACAAUGAAUGCGAAUUCAAAGUUCACAACUGCAAGGAAGACCAAGAAUGCAUUAAUCUGUCUCCUGCCGAGGGCGGUUUCCGCUGCAACUCUGCGCUGACAACAACUGAGCCCAAAGUGACGGAAGACUCACCAGAUGCUGAUCACUGCGGAAUUCUCAAUUGCGCUGGCGAAUGUUCUUGUCUCUCAACUACGAAUGAACAAGAAGGAUGGAAAAUCAACAAUCACAUUUGCGAAUGCCUCGAUGAGUCCUUCGAGUCCCUAGUUCAAGACUGUACUGCUCCUCUUGUCAAAAGAUACCAUCAUGACAGCUUCGGACGAGUCAAGUCCGUGUGUACCUGCACUGAUGGAAUGACUCCAACGACGUCUUUCAGCCUCGUCACAUUUUCUAUAGUCACCACUUGUGGGGAGAUGAACGAGUGCAAAAAAGCAGAUGACAAUAAGUGCGGGCCGAAUUCGGAAUGCGUAAAUGUUGACAGUGGAACUUCACUGAUGGGAAUCGGAUACGACUGUGAGUGCUCGAACGGUUAUGAACGGGACCCCAUGAAUUGAUGCUCUCCUACUGAUUGUACUUGUGAUUACGGCUUCAUUCCAACAGAGGAUGGAUUUUGCGAUGUUCCCGUCUAUGACGAUCUCGUUAGCCAGGGGUUCUCAGAUACAGAAAUUAUUUGCCAAGGUUCAUUCAUCGAAAGCUCUGGCGAAGGUUCAGGAUCUGGUGAGGGUUCUGGCGAGUCCUAUGAAGUUGAAAUUGACCUUUCUCAGUGCUUCGCUAGAAUAAAUGCGACUUGUGAUUUCUCUUGCUCGGGAGAUAAAGUCUGCGUAAACUAUUUUGAAGGAGAUAUUCUUGACUCUCUUGAAAGGAGUCAUCAAUCAGUCUGUAAAUGCCCACUUGGUGAAGAUGAUCUCGGGGACACAUGUGGAGAAGUUAUUGAAACAACCAUUGUAUUGGCUAGAUUUAGUGUGUCAAUGGACGAAUCAUACGACGAUUCGUUGGACGGAUCUCUUUUCAAAACACCUUGGGAAACAUGUGAUGAGGUCCAACAGACGUUUGAAGACGAAAUCGCAAGUACUGCUGAUCAACAUGGUGGUCAUGUCACAAAUCAAGACUGCUCCACAUCUAGCUAUCCCAGGAUCGCUGGCGAAUCAAGAUCGGCAGAACUUUAUCUUCGACUAGACUUUGAAGUAGAGUUCAGUUUCGAGGGACGAAAAUCUGAAAACGCAAGAAACGAACUUGGUGAGAAUAUUGGCUCAGGCGUCGAAACAAUUGUUAAUGAAAAAAUCAAUGACGGUUCUAUCAAUGCGAUAGCACCAGUCGCUGUUGCAACUGAAUACAACUACAACAACAACCACGACUACAAGCACAACGACGACAACUACAAGUACGACAACGACUACAACAACUUCGACAACUACAACCACGACUACAAGUACAACAACUACGACUACAUCGACAACAUCAACUACAACGACAUCCACAACUACAAGCACGACGACGACGACAACAACAAGUACGACAACGACAACGACUACAACAACUUCGACAACUACAACCACGACUACAAGUACGACAACUACAAGUACAACAACUACGACUACUACGACAACAUCAACUACAACAACAUCCACAACUACAAGCACGACGACGACGACAACAACAACUUCGACAACUACAACCACAACUACAACUGUAACGAUUCUCAAGAAUGUUCACAGAUAUUCACUUUUGCAGGAUCAUUCCCAGUCUGUAAUUGUAUUGAUGGAACUGAAAAGCAUCUUGACUUCACCAAGAAUCCAGUUGAACUACUGUGCCUCAAUAUUGAUGAAUGUGCCCUUGGAACUGACACUUGCCCAUCUACUGCAACGUGUAUCGAUCUUGUUCCCUCAAGUGAUGAGCCAAAAUUCACAUGUCUUUGUGAGGAGGGUUUCAUAUUCGAUGAGUCGUCUAAUUCGUGUCUACUUGCAACUUGUGAGAAUUUGAACUGUGAUGUCUCGUGCUCCUGCAGAGCAAGUCUUGAAAAUGGAGAAACUGCCGUCGAUCACACCGAUUGUAGAUGCGAAGAAGUCGACUUCUGCGAUGGCAGCUCAUGUGCUGCUGGUCAAUCAUGCUCACAGAUGUUGACUGACGCCGGUUCAUUUCCCGUCUGUGACUGCAUCGAUGGAACUGAGCAGCAAUUUGAUUUCACUCAGAAUCCAGUCCGAAUGUCGUGCGUCAAUAUCGAUGAAUGUGCCGUUGGUUCAUACACUUGCCCUAUCGACGCAAAUUGUCUUGAUCUGGAUCCAUCAAUUGAUGAAUCCAAGUUCACCUGUACUUGCGAAGAAGGCUUCUUUUUCAAUAAGUCAUCUUAUUCUUGUGAGCAAGCAACAUGCGAGAAUUUGAACUGCCCGAGUUCGUGCGCCUGUUUCAAAGGAGACAUUGUUGAUGACACUUACUGUAAGUGCCACUGGGAAGACGGAUGUGCAAAUAGAUUUGAUGGAUCAGAUGCCGAUUUCGGAUGCUCGAUCGAAACUUGUUUCAAUAUAUUUGUCGCCAAUGAAACUGAUGUAAACUUCGGCUCAUAUUGCUCCUGUCCAGAUGGAACAAGUGAGCAAAUGCGAUUCGUUGGCUCAGAAGUUCAAUUUGAAUGCGAAAAUAUCAACGAAUGCGAGACGGAAAUUCCAUGUGACUUGGAAACAUCUGAUUGUAUCGAUAGAAGUCCGGAACAAGAUGGUGAAAAAUAUGAAUGUGUAUGUCUCCCAGGAUUCUUCAUGAAAAACGAUGUUUGUGAGAGAAUGUCGUGUGAGAAUCUCGAUUGUGAAAAUUCUUGCGCUUGUUUCUACGAAGGCGAUAAUGUGAUCAACAGCGACGAUUGCAUGUGCGUUGAUGAAGAUUUCUGUCAAUUAGAAGGAUCUGGUGAAGGAUCGGGAGAAGGGUCUGGAUCGGGCGAGGCUUCUGGAGAAGCCCCAAUUUGCGAUUUCGGCAAAUGCUCGAAUAUUUUCUCAUUUGAUAUAAAUGGCGGAGCUCAUUUUGGAACUCACUGCUCUUGCCGGGAGGGCACUGAAGAUCGAAUAAUCUUUGAAGCCGGUCAAAUGACGCACUCAUGCGUGAAUAUUGAUGAAUGUUCUUUUGGCUCGGCACUUUGUCCAGAAAACAGUUUCUGUAUUGACGGUGAUGCAACAGUCGGAGAAGAAGUAUACCAGUGUUUCUGUAAUGAAGGUUACCUAAUGGAAGAUGGUGUCUGCGUUUCUGCGAGCUGUGAUGAUCUGAAUUGUGCUGAUAUUUGCGAGUGCGAAAUAACCUCGGGAAAUUUCUGCCGGUGCACGUCUGAUGAUCUUUGUGAAGCAAGUCCAUGCGGAUUUGGCAGACCAGAAAAUUACAAGUGCAAGCAAGCGUACUAUGGCAUCGGUAAUUCGAUAACUGAUUGCUCUUGCCAGGAAGGUUAUGAAUCGACAAUUGAUUUUACUGAUAAUUCCUGGCCGUGUAUUGACGUUGAUGAGUGCUCGGACUCCAAUAUCUGUGGAGAAGGCAUUUGUGAGAACAAAGAGUACAACGUUGACGGCACCUUCUAUACAUGCAGCUGCGAACAUGGAUUCAUCUUUGACGAGGAGUCAAAGUCAUGCGAGACUCCCGUUUAUGACGAUCUUGUCAAUCAAGGAUUCACUGAUGUUGAAAUCAUCUGCAAGGGCAUUGAAGGAGCAGAGGGAUCCGGAUCUGGAGAUGGAUCAGGAGAUCAAGAAUCAGAAAUUGAUAUCGACUUAUCUGAAUGUUUUGCGAGAAGUGAUGCUACGUGCGAUUUGAGCUGCACCGGCGAAGCUGUCUGUGUGAACUAUUUCCUCGGCGAUAUCGAAACCGCAGUAACAGCUGACCAUCAAUCAAUCUGCAGAUGCCCUCUCGGUCAAGACGCUUUGGGUGAAACCUGCGGCGAAGUCGAAGAAGUCACAAUUGUCAAAUCCGAUUUCUCUGUUCCAUUAGACGAGCCGUACGAGGAAGCAUAUGACGAUCCGAACUCGCCAGAAUCGAUAGCGAAAUGCGAAGAAAUGAAAAAACAACUGCAAGCUGAUCACGAAAACACUGCAACUGAAAACGGUGGAUAUAUCGCCGACCAUGAGUGCAUACUGAGCCGAUAUGAGAACACUCCAGAGAACUCUCUCGCUAGAUCAGAAAGAUUCUUCAGUUUUGGACUAAAGAUUGAUAUGAGCGUUUCUUUUGGCUUCCCAGGUCGCAAAUCUGAUAAAGACAAGAAAGCACUUGGUCAAAAAGUGAACCUUGAUGUUUCGGUGUCAAUCAAUCUUGGUAUUCAAUCUGGUGGAAUCAAUUCCGCGGCAACUAAUAUCAAUGUGACAAUCGAUAUCUCCGUGAACAUUAAUGUCAACCCCACCACAACGACCACCACAACGACCACCACAACAACGACUACGAAUCCAUGCUUCGGUUUCUGCUGCGACAAAGCUCCAAACUCGCUCCAAGCGCAUCCAGAAUGUGAGAAGUUCUAUCAAUGUGGGCUUCCUUCUCAGACAUUUGUAAAAUCUUGCGGACCAGGAACUGUUUUCGACCCGAUUUCAAAAAUCUGUAAUUGGCCAUCCAUUGUCGAUACUAGCAACUGCUUCAUGCCAACAACCACGACAGAUGUUCCGACAACAACUGAGCUGACGACCGCAACAACUGAGCCCGUUUCAACUACGACAACAAUUGUUACGACAACAACAACGUUUGAGACAACCACUACGCAGCCACUUGUACCAUGCCCGUCGGAUUGCUGGGUCAUGACCACCGAAGGGUGCAGACCGAAAACUGGCAUGGCAGAAGUGUCCUGCUCAACAAGUUCAAUGAAUGCUGUCAUCGAUCAGUGUCUUUUCUCAGAAUACAAUUACAACGCAGCUUGGAUCGACGGUGGCUCCUCUGACUGUAAAUCUUCCGGUGUCAUCGACUCAAAUUCAUACCUGAACAUGACAACUGAGCUUGACAACUGUGGUACUGAAGUCUUCCAGCAGUCGGAUAAGCUUAUCUUCCGAAAUACAAUCACCAUCUUCCAGGACUCCGGAAUCUUCACCCUAUCAAACGCGAUCCUCCUCAGCUUUGAGUGUCAUUAUGACAGUACAGUUGACGUCACAGAUACAAUAACAGUCCAUGAUGUCGUCGGCAAAGGAUCAGACUCGAGCGAUGGAGAAUUCCAAUUCAACCUGGUCAAAUAUGUCUCUGAAAGCUUCACUCAACCAGUUCCAUCACAAGACAUCAUCAGAGUUGGUGAGGAAGUUUUCUUUGCCGUCGAAGCGCCAAAUCUGCCACAGAAUGUCAAUUUCAUGGUGAAGGAGUGUACGGUUGUGAAUGCGGAGCAUAAUCAAAGCUUCAAAUUUAUCGAGGAAGGAGUGGCGAAUCAAAUGACUAACUCGGCGAAAAUAAAGUUCACCGCUUUCCGAUUCGAUCUUGGAGAUGACUACAGUCCGAUGACAGAAGAGAUCAUCUGCGCUGUCGUUGUUUGCGACAAGUCUGAUUCUCAAUCAAUCUGCAAUUGA